AGUUCGCUCCGAGCAAAUAUUCAACUAACUACAGCUGUUCCGCGGUCCCCUCUUGGCAGCCUCUAUGCUCUAUAUCUAUGCCACAUAUUUGCACUCCCAUCGGCCACCCCAAGUCUCCAAGUACGUGCUGAAUACCGAUUGAGGAGAUCAUUCAGAUCGAUCGAUGGAUCUCUUUUGCACUUGCGUGCUUUACCUCUCGAUCUUCUAUGUCUCCCUCUGUUUGGUCUACCUUGUCCGGAAACGAAAAUCAGGACAUGGCACUGAUCUUAAUCUUCCACCCGGCAAGCUGGGAUAUUGGCCAAUCAUCAGGGAGACCCUGGACUUUGUCAUGACCAGUCGCGGCGGCACACCCGAGAAGUUUGUCAGAGACAGGACCAGCAUGUACUCCCCUGAAGUUUUCCGUACCUCCCUUCUGGGCGUGGGCAAUGACGUAGCCGUGUUCUGUGGAGCUUCCGGCAACAAGUUCCUCUUCUCUAGUGAGAACAAGUACAUCACGUCGUGGUGGCCCCGCUCCAUGGUGAUCGCUAAAUUUCCCACUGAGGCUGUCGAUAACUCCUCCAAAGAGACGGGAUCCACCAAGAUGCGGAACUUCAUUCUCGAGUUCCUGAAGCCCGAAUCACUCCAGAGUUACAUACCUGUCAUGGACUCCAUGGCAAGGGAGCACCUGGAAGCUGAUUGGGCCCCUUACAAGGAAGUUAGGGCCUUCUCUCUGUCGAAGAAGUACACCUUUGCCACCUCCUGUCGACUCCUAAUGAGCAUCCAGAACCCCACCCACGUCGCCCGGCUUUCCCACCCGUUUUCUCUCGUCACCGCCGGUAUCAUGUCUCUGCCCAUAAACUUUCCUGGGACUGCUUUCAACAAGGCAAUCCAAGGAGGGAAGAACAUACGCGAGGAGCUGCUGUCCAUUAUAAGGAGGAGGAAGAAGGAGAUUAUGGAGAAUGAGGAUAUGGCGGCAAAGGACUUGCUGUCUCGGAUGCUGCUGACAAAGGACGAGAAUGGCCGGGCCAUGAAGGAGACCGAGAUUGGUAAUACGAUCAUGGGCAAACUCAUUGCUAGCCAGGACACAACCAGCACUGCGAUCGCCUUUGUGGUGAACUAUCUUGCCGAGUAUCCUCACAUCUACGAGCAGGUCUUGAAAGAGCAGAUGGAAAUCUCGAGAAGUAAAGGCCCAGAUGAGCUACUGAACUGGGAAGACAUACAGAAGAUGAGGUACUCCUGGAUGGUUGCCUGCGAGACCAUGAGGCUGUCCCCACCUGCUCGAGGUUCCUUCCGAGAGGCCGUAACAGACUUCACUUACUCUGGCUAUACCAUUCCCAAGGGUUGGAAGACUCACUGGACUGUAUACUCCACGCACAAGGACGCCCGGUACUUCCCUGAUCCAGAGAAGUUCGAUCCUUCAAGAUUCCAGGGAAGUGGACCUGCACCGUUCACUUUCGUACCCUUUGGAGGGGGACCUCGCAUGUGCCCAGGGAAAGAAUAUGCCAGGGUGCAGAUACUUGUUUUCAUGCACAAUGUGGUGACCAAGUUCAGAUGGAAGAAAGCCAACCCCAGUGAGAAGAUCAUCUACAGCCCUAACACGACUCCAGCCAGCGAUCUCCCUAUCCGCAUCGAACCACAUACUCAAGCCAAGGACAGUAUGUGAUCGGGGCAUUACAUCGUGCUCCUGCAUAUUCGUGAUCCAUGUACAUCUGGGAUUUCUCUCACCAGGCUGUCAUUUUCUUUUCUUUGUGAUGCAAUAAGACAAUGAUGAGGAGUCAUGUAAGCUCAGGAACAGAUGUAUGUGAUUACGUGAUAUAGAUCAUCUGAUGAUUCUAGUCGUAGUUAAGUAUGCGCUCCGUGUUAUCAAAUAAAUUACAUCUACUUUUAGUCUUCCAAA